GUGCUUUUCCUUCCCUCCUCAAUCCCGUGAACCAAAAGUAUCACAGGCGGGCUUUCGUGGCUGUUUUUGAAGUAACGUUACACUUCUUACAAAAACGAACAGCCGCAGUUCAUAUAUAUAAAUAUAUAUAUACACACUAAUUGGCACAAGUGAGAUUUGUAAGACGCUUUAAAGUAAAACGAGGGCCUGCUUCCCCUCAGACACAGAGGCCAUCAUGAAGCUGACGGACAAUGUGCUGCGGAGCUUCAGAGUUGCUAAGGUGUUUCGAGAAAAUUCAGACAAAAUCAAUUGCUUCGAUUUCAGUUCAAACGGAGAAACAAUUAUUUCCAGCAGCGACGACGAUUCGUUAGUCUUGUACGACUGCCAAGAGGGAAAACCCAAGAGGACUCUCUACAGUAAAAAGUACGGAGUGGAUCUGAUCAGGUACACACAUGCUGCAAACACUGUGGUCUACAGUUCCAACAAAAUCGAUGAUACUAUCCGGUACCUGUCACUUCAUGACAACAAAUACAUCCGCUACUUUCCUGGGCAUAACAAAAGAGUGACAUCUCUCUCCAUGUCUCCUGUGGACGACACAUUUAUUUCUGGCUCAUUAGAUAAAACAAUCAGACUGUGGGAUUUGCGGUCACCUAAUUGCCAAGGCCUGAUGCACCUACAGGGGAAGCCGGUUUGCUCCUUUGAUCCAGAGGGCCUCAUUUUUGCUUCUGGAAUAAAUUCAGAGAUGGUUAAGCUUUAUGAUCUGCGGUCAUUUGACAAAGGUCCCUUUGCAACCUUCAAGCUUCAGUAUGACAGGACAUGCGAGUGGACAGGACUCAAGUUUAGCAACGACGGAAAACUUAUUCUUCUUUCUACUAAUGGCGGAGCCCUUCGCAUCUUAGAUGCGUUUAAGGGUGCUGUGCUACAUUCCUUUGGGGGCUACAACAACAGUAAAGGUGUAACACUGGAGGCAUCAUUCACUCCGGAUUCUCAGUUUGUUAUGAUUGGCUCAGAGGACGGAAAGAUACACGUGUGGAACGCAGAGAGCGGGAUGAAGGUGGCUUUAUUAGACGGGAAGCACACAGGACCGAUUACUUGCCUGCAGUUCAACCCAAAGUUUAUGACGUUUGCAAGCGCCUGCUCCAACAUGGCGUUCUGGCUCCCCACCAUUGAUGACUGAUGACAACACAGUGAAGGCUUCUGUUGAAGGCCAAAGUGACCAGCAGGUGUCAGCACAGCCAGCUGGGUGUAAAUUUCACAGGAAGUGGAGCAUUUGAAAUUCAAAUUGUAAAUAAGUAGUUUGCAGAAAUAGAUCAUUUGUCUGUCCUUGUUGUUUUGUUUUUUGUUUUGUUUUUUAUAUUUCUAUUUAACAUUAAACCGUUUCUUUGUAAGAUGUUGGUUUUGUCAACUUUAUUAUUGUGGUAUGUGUGUACAUGCUGAUUACACAAGUCAUUGAGAGAUCCAAUGUUGCAAGAAAUGUUUAUCCUAUUCAACCACUGAUUAUCUUCUGUAUUUUUUUAAACGAAUAUAUUCAUUCAAACCUA